CUUAGAUGUAAUCACUAACUAACGUUCUUAAAUUCUUUAAUCAUCAUCUUCAUCAUCCCUAAUUAAAAAUAUACAAAAAGUCGUCACCGAUCAUUUUGACCAAUCUCCCAUAAAGUCCUCAAGAACCAUCCCAAGUCCCAACAAACGAAUGGGCUUAACUUAUUGUUAGUCUAUCAUCAAAAACUCAGUAAUGUCCAUCUCUCUUCUCCUCAUCAUCUCCGUGGUCCUCUACAUCACUGACCUCCCAUCGUGCUUCUCCGCCGAUCAACAGUACGAGAUGUGCCAACUACCUCUGAGAUGCGGAUCUGAACCGUCUGUGUUCCCCAACAUCACUUACCCAUUUUGGGGAAAUAACAUUGGUAAACCCAACUUCUGCGGCCAAAAAGGGUUCGAGCUUUCAUGCAAGGAGAAUCAAACCCUAACCCUAGAGUUGGAGAGUUUCACUUUUCGAAUUAAAUCUGUGAGUCUUGGUGAUAAGACAAUCACCGUUGCUGAUGAGAGUUUGUUCCAGGAUGGUUGUCCGCACAUUUUCAACUUCACCGGGGCUAAGCAGUUCACGUUAAACCAUAACACCGAGUUGGUCGAUCUAUUCAAUUGCGCCGAUAAUAACUCGGCAGAAUCGUUGUCAGCGGUUUCUUGCCAGCUAAGCAAAGAUAAUCCGAUAACAUAUCAUGUCUUUGGAUCAGCUCAUCCUCCUCGAAAUUGUACCAAGGUUGGAGAAAUACCGAUGCUUGAGUCUGCUAAGAACGAGCUGCGCCAAGCGAAUGGCUCGGAUCAAGCAUUGAAGAUGGCUUUGAUAAAAGGGUUCGAGUUGAGGUACGAUAAAGAAGACAAGACUUGCGAGCACUGUUUUACUUCAACUGGUAUAUGUGGUUCUGACUCACGGUCGGGAGAUUUCAUGUGUCUGUGUACAGACAAGCCUCACAAGUCCUCCUGCCACGACGAAAGAGGUCCAAAUUAUGACGUGAAGGUCGGCAUAGGUGCUGCCGCUUCGGUCUUUGGAAUAUCAGCAGCGAGCCUCGCUUGGUUUGUGUACCAUCGUAGAAUAACCAAACGUUACAGAACUUCUUCAGCUUUGCUUCCAAGAAACCUAUCAGAUCAAUCUUCAAAGCCUUCUUCGGACAUCGAGAAAGCAGAGGAGCUGCUAGUGGGUGUUCAACUCUUCUCUUACGAAGAGCUAGAAGAAGCCACGAACAACUUCGACCCAUCUAAAGAACUCGGUGAUGGAGGUUUUGGUACUGUCUACUACGGUAAACUUAAAGAUGGACGAAGCGUAGCUGUGAAACGCUUGUACGAUAACAACUUUAAAAGAGCAGCGCAGUUCAGGAACGAAGUUGAGAUCUUAACAGGUUUACGCCAUCCUAACCUCGUGACUUUGUUUGGAUGCUCCUCAAAACAGAGCCGUGAGCUACUGCUAGUGUACGAGUAUGUUGCAAACGGUACAUUAGCUGAUCAUCUACAUGGUGAAAAUGCUAACCCUAGCUCACUGCCUUGGUCUACACGUCUCAAGAUUGCUGUUGAAACCGCCUCUGCCUUGAAAUAUCUCCACGCCUCUGAGAUCAUCCAUCGUGAUGUUAAGUCUACUAACAUCCUACUCGACCAAAAUUUCAAUGUCAAGGUUGCGGAUUUUGGACUCUCAAGACUGUUCCCGAGCGGUCAAACUCAUGUAUCAACCGGUCCACAAGGAACUCCAGGUUACGUUGAUCCAGAUUACCACCUUAGCUAUCAACUCUCCAACAAAAGCGACGUGUACAGCUUCGCAGUAGUGCUGAUGGAGCUUAUCUCCUCGCUUCCAGCUGUCGACAUGAAAAGGCCGCGCUUAGAGAUCAACCUCUCGAACAUGGCAGUCCUUAAAAUCCAGAGCCGUAAGCUCCAAGAAAUGGUGGAUCCUUCACUUGGUUUCGACACAAAUACAGAAGUGAGACAGACCGUGAUCGCAGUCGCUGAGCUGGCGUUCCAAUGCUUGCAGUCGGAUAAAGAUCUUAGACCGUGUAUGACUCACGUUAUGGAGACGCUGACGAGGAUACAGAACAUUAGGUUUGGUUCGGAAAUGGAUGUUGCAGAUGUGAGUAAGAGUGGACCGUUGGUUGCACAGUCUCAAGAUGUUGUGGUUGUGAGUAAGAGUGGACCGUUGGUGGCACAGUCGCCUGAUAGUGUAAUUGUGAAAUGGAUCAGUAAGUAAAUUAGUUACACGGAACAUUAACAUUUGUAUGUGUAUCAAAAUGUUUAAGUUUAAGUCUGUUAACGACCGGUUAGAAUUGGUGUUUGUGUUCUUUAAUGGAUUACUAGAUUUUGACCCGCGCUUUUGAAGCGCGGGAUAUUUUACGAUGAAAAUUUUUACUAAUAA